UGAAUAAUUUGAAUGUUAAUUUUUUUCCGUCAAUUGUCAUGUCAGACAUGAUUGUCACUUCAAGGUCAAUUUUUGUUCUGUCAGUCCGAGUCCGGAUGAUUUCUAUGGUCCGGUUCCUCUUUUUCCAGUUUUCUCAAGAUUCUCAAGAAAAAAUAUAUAUUUGAAAUUUUGAAUAACAAAAGUAAUACUAUAGAAUGAGUCAUUUCAGUUCUCCUAUGCCCAAUAGAGAAUUUCUGUGGGACGUUUUUCAAAGAGUUGAUAGGGAUAGGAGUGGUUUUAUCAAUGCUGAUGAGUUGGGAUCUGCCUUGUCCAAUGGUACAUGGAGUCCUUUCAAUCCAGAAACUGUUCGUCUUAUGAUUGGUAUGUUUGAUAGGCAUAACAGAGGUCAAGUGAGUUUUGAAGAUUUUUCUUCACUUUGGAAGUAUGUAACUGAUUGGCAAAGCUGCUUCAAAUCUUUUGACAGAGAUAAUUCAGGAAACAUUGAUAGAAGUGAACUCAAAACUGCACUCACAACUUUUGGGUACAGAUUAUCAGAUGAUCUUAUUGAUACCUUGCUGAGGAAGUUUGAUAGGCUUGGAAGAGGAACUAUACUAUUUGAUGACUUUAUUCAGUGCUGUAUUAUACUUUAUGUAAGUAUUUUCAGGGUUGAUAGAGACAGGAGUGGCUUUAUUAAUGCAGAUGAACUAGCUGCUGCUUUAUCAAAUGGCACCUGGAGCCCCUUCAAUCCAGAGACAGUACGUUUAAUGAUAGGUAUGUUUGAUCGUCACAACAGAGGGCAAGUGAGUUUUGAUGACUUUGGAGCCUUAUGGAAAUAUGUCACAGACUGGCAAAAUUGCUUCAGAUCAUUUGAUAGAGACAAUUCUGGAAACAUUGACAAAAGUGAACUGAAGCAUGCCCUCACAUCCUUUGGUUAUAGGCUGUCAGAUAGUCUUGUUGAUACUCUGAUAAGGAGAUUUGAUAGACAUGGGAAUCAGACCAUCUUGUUUGAUGACUUCAUACAGCUUAGUGUUAUACUUUAUACUUUAACAUCUUCAUUCAAACAAUAUGAUACAGACCAAGAUGGCUACAUCAACAUACAUUAUGAACAGUUUCUGAACAUGGUAUUCAGCUUGAAGAUUUAAACCUGAUAUCUAGUGGUAAUAUCUAUACUUUCAAUGUUAUUCAAAAGAGAAACAUCUCAUCUACAAAUAUUAUUGUCUGUGUUAUGAUAGUUAGGUAAGUGCUUUGAUUCAGAUGGAUAUUUCCAUAUUUUAUUGGUUCUCAAGGUAAAUUGCUUUAUAAAGGUUUUAUUACUUGAAAUUUUUCAAUUGAUACAAUCAAUUCUAUCUACUUCAGAAAUGUCAACUUGAAUUCAUUCUAUUUGUCCUUAAUAUUAUCUAUGAAAGUCUAAUGUAUGGUGAUACCUAGACUUGCUAUAUUAUAUCUUUACUUGCUUAGUAUUUAGUUCUGAAAUAAAUGUGUGGUCAUCUAUUUUGACACUAGAUAUAUAGUGCCAAAUCCGUUUUUUAAAUUGAAAAGGCAUUCUUUCAUUCAAAUGUUUGAUAUAAGGUCCAGUUUACAAUGAAAAUGUACCUUCCCAAUGAGUUAGAUUUGAAUAUUUUUGUAAAUUUCCAUAAACUUUAAUAUAUGUUGUUAUAAAACAGAGUUUGUUUGCUUGAAUAAAGCUGAAUGGGAUCUAUG